GGCGCUGUGACCAAGCUCGGAAUACAUCUACCAAGUGGACGCUCGUUGUCUUAGCCUGUCAAUCUUGCCGCUGUGGAGAAUUGCACUUUUGAUACGCCUCCAUUCUGAUAAACGUCGGAUGUCCUCUUCGCUGUUCGUGAUUCUUUGAAGCCACCGACGUGGGAAUACGGGCGAUAUAUGAUAUGCUGAAAACUUGGUGACGAGUUCGCGACAUCGUUUACGUUACUUGUGCUGUCGCAUACAGUUCUAAUACUGGCGCCCGCGAAGUCAUCUCCAAACGAACGCUGGAGACCGCUGCUCGGGACGAGAUCACCUGGCGAGCCGCAAGGCAUGAUUCUCCACCGCACUGUCGACGAGGUUGAUCCUCGAGCUAUAAAAACCGCGGGCAUGGGCCCUUGACUCACCUAACUCUCUAACACCACGAUGGUCCUCAAACUCUACGGCAACCCGCACUCGACCUGCACCCAGCGUGUGCGCACCGUCCUCGAGGAGCUCUCGGUCCCGUACGAGCUCGUCGUGAUCGAGCUCCAGAAGGGCGAGCACAAAUCACCCGAGUUCGUCGCCAUCCAGCCGUUCGGCCAGGUGCCGUACAUCGACGACGACGGCUUCAAGCUGUUCGAGUCCCGCGCUAUCGCGCGCUACCUCGCGCUCAAGAACGGCGGCGUCGACAAGAUCAUCCCGGACCCGAAGAACCUGCAGAAAUUUGCGCUCUUCGAGCAAGGGGCGAGUAUCGAGCAGAGCAACUUCGACCCGUCGGUGUCGGCGCUGGCGUUUGAGAACGUGUUCAAGCCGCUGCUUGGCCAGAAGACGGACCCUGCGACAGUCGAGAAGCACAAGACGACGCUGGCAGGCAAGCUCGCAGGCUACGAGGCCCUCCUCUCUCGCCAGAAAUACAUCGGGGGCGACGAGCUCACCAUCGUCGACAUCUUCCACCUUCCCUACGGUGCGCUUCUUAAAGUACAGGGCAUUGACCUCCUCGAGUCAGACAAGUACCCCAACGUAAAGAGAUGGUGGGCCGAGCUCACCUCGCGUCCUUCGUGGAAGAAAGUUUCCGGGCAGUAGACGACUGCACAAUGCAGAUAAUGCGCAUGUAAUCUGUAAAGUAACUGGUCCCGAAGGCUGAAUGUACAACCAUAUUGUUUGUCACUCAC